GCUGGGCGUACAGUAGUUAGGUUCGCUACACGAUCCAAUAUUAAUUUUUACCACACACUAGUGGAAAAAGGACUGAUCAAAAUAGUGCAUAAUUGAGGAUCUGAAGUAAAGUAAAAGACAGAAACAAUUAAUUUGUUUCAAUUUUACCCUUAAAUAAUUCUUUAUUUUUGGGGUUUUGGAUUGUGAGAAGCAGUAAUCAUGAUGAACAACUUCCAGUCCACCAAAACCGUACCCCAUAAUAAUGUGAACGAAGAAACAAAUUUAGAAACGUAUCAGUCUUUUCGGAAAGUUCCUAAAAUGUUUGGAAUUAAUAAUCAAAUGCUUAAUACAUCAGAUUACAAGAACACAACUUCACUUUCUGGAGGCAUGGAACCCUCUAAACGAUCAAGCUAUAGCAGUUCUAUGACAGAUACUGCUUCCUCUACUCAUACUUCAAAUGCAAAUGGUAAUUUAGCUUCUGACUGGGCACAAGGCGGUAAUCAUUCUGAUCCGUUUGUGCAUAAACCGUCUGGUACAUUUGCGGAGCCCCAAAAUCCAAUGCCAUCAUCUUUGCAAACGAAUGGCUUUGCGCGCACGAGCUCUGAAUAUGAAUCUUUUUCCAAGAAUAGCCCUGGAUCUUCAUUAAACCGUCUGUCAAAUCUAAGCAUAAAUAAUAACAGCCAUCCUCAUGACUCUCCUUCAACCAACACAGGAUCAUCUGCCGGCUCUUCCCAUCGCAGGACGACUUCUAUCACAAAUGCUAAGGGAUUGCCUCCUUCUGUUUCGUUCUAUAACAAGUCUACGAAGCCAGUAGAUUGGAGUUCACUAAACAAUGGUGCUACUUCUACUCAAGAUUCAUCGAACUAUGUAGGAUUGACAUCGCCGAAUGGUAAUAAUCCUUCGUCGAUACAUUCUCCAGCAUUACCGAGAAAGUCAUCAGGCAUUUGGCGGAAUACUGGUUAUCCUUCUCGUAACUAUCCGCCUUACAGCAAAUCUGGGAUCCCUCCAGUUCCUAAUUUACCUUCUUCGUAUGAAGCUCUAGGAAGGUAUCAGACGCCAUCUACUGGAAACAAUUCCUUAUCAAACAAAAACAAUCCCAUGGAUGUCGACACAGUUCUUCCCGAACAUUCAGGGUCUUCUUUCUCUCCAAACCCGGCUUUUGUUGUCAAUUCUCAAGCUUCUAGUCAAAAUACGAACCAGAGCAGCGAUCAUGUACAUCCUCCUAACAGGUUGAAUACCCUCUCUAAUCUUAAUUCGUCUAAUGAUCCGUCUUCCGUAGCCUCUGCUAACACUGCUCCAAAGUCUCCGUUUUCCGGGGAGAAAGUGUCUCACAAUUUAGAAGCUCAGACACCCAAUUCAAAGCAAGCAUAUACUAGUUCUCAUCGAAAAAGCCAAAGCUCCGGUCGUCAUUCUCCAAAAGGAAAAAGUUUAGGCAGCCAAUCAAAUACAGAAAACAAGCAAACAAAGUCAUCUGGAAAAGAAGGAAGGUCUUCUCGAGGUGGAUUUUUUAGUAGGCUUAGCUUUUCUCGAAGCUCAUCUCGAGCAAAGAAAGCAAAGUCAAAAAAUGAAGAAGCUCCUGAGGUUCCAUCUAUACCUCAAGAAUAUCUGAAAGAUGGAAAAAAGACGCCUACUAGGACGAAGAGCCGAAUGCAACAAAUCAUUAAUUGGUUUAAAUCUCCUAAAGAUAGGUCAAACUCUUAUACUCCAAAUCCUUCCUCUCCACCUCCACCACCGGUUCCUCGACUUCCUUCCACUCAGUCCGAAGCUAAUAACAGAAAAAAUCAUUCCGAAGAUAAUGUCCCUCCUGUACCACAAAUACCUUCAAAUUUUGCCUCUGGCUCGAGACAAGGCAAUCAACAACGUAGCGUCUCCUAUAAUCCUAAACGAAGCUCGCUUAAUAAUGAUUUGCCGAAAAAUGAACCUACUCCAGCCGCUGCUCCUUUAGCGGAACCAUUAGACAAUAAAUUUGCAGAUCUUGCUAUGAAAGCCAUAAAUAGUAAACGUAUAAACCGGUUACUAGAUGAAGCCAAAAUAAUGCAGUCUCUGCUUGAUCGUGCUUGUAAGAUUACACCGGUAAAGAGUUCUGAUGUAUUGCUUAUCAAUACUGCACCUCUUACUCGGUAUGAAGAGGAGGAGAUAAAAGCUUACGACAACAUUUACUUUACAGGUUUAAGAAACGUGGAUAAAUCCAGAUCGGUAGAUGAAAGUUCGACAAAUUAUGGCUUCGAUGAUGAACGAGGCGAUUAUAGAGUUAUUUUGGGGGAUCAUAUUGCCUAUCGUUACGAAGUAGUUGAUUUCCUUGGUAAAGGAAGCUUCGGUCAGGUUCUAAGAUGUAUUGAUUAUGAAACUGGAAAGCUCGUUGCCUUAAAAAUCAUUCGAAAUAAGAAACGGUUUCAUAUACAGGCAUUGGUUGAGACAAAUAUUCUACAAAAAAUUCGUGAAUGGGAUCCUAUGGACGAAGCUUGUAUGCUUCAAUAUAGCGACCACUUUUACUUUCGCGAUCAUCUAUGUGUAGCUACAGAGUUACUAGGAGUGAACUUGUAUGAGUUAAUCAAAAGUAACGGAUUUAAAGGAUUACCAAUUGUCGUUAUCAAGAGUAUAACAAAGCAACUUUUACUGUGCUUAAGUUUACUGAAGCAAAAAAAUGUGAUUCAUUGCGAUUUAAAGCCAGAAAACAUAUUGUUGUGUCAUCCUUUUAAGUCCCAAAUUAAAGUUAUUGACUUUGGGAGCAGUUGUUUUGAAGGAGAAUCUGUAUAUACAUAUAUUCAAUCUCGAUUUUACCGUUCACCAGAGGUCAUUUUAGGAAUGGGCUAUGGAACCCCUAUAGAUAUGUGGAGUCUUGGAUGCAUUCUUGCUGAAAUGUACACGGGUUUUCCUAUUUUUCCUGGUGAAAAUGAACAAGAACAACUAGCUUGCAUAAUGGAAAUUUUCGGUCCACCUGAUAGUUCCAUGCUUGAGAAAUGUUCAAGAAGGAAAGUAUUUUUUGACUCAUUCGGAAAGCCUAGACCAUUUGUUUCUUCAAAAGGAGUAAGCAGAAGACCUUUCGCUAAAUCUUUGCAUCAAGUAUUAGAAUGCAAAGAUAUCUCAUUUUUGAGUUUUAUAGCUGACUGUCUGAAGUGGGAUCCGGAGGAACGAAUGACUCCUUUUGAGGCUAUUCAGCAUGAUUUUAUCACAGGAAACCAAGACCGAAGACCGAAUACAGCUCCUGCUCGUCAAAAGAUAGUGAAGAGUCCUCCUACGUAUCUAGAGUCACCCCCAUCAAGACCGCUGCCUAAUUUGCCCAAUAAUGAAAAGAGUAGCGAACACGCCUACUCACAUGCCUUUGGGCCGAAUGGACAAAUCGGGAGUACAUUACGGGGACCGGUAAAAGAUCCAGAUGCGUUCUCGACAGUGAAGAGUCCUGUGGUCUCGGAUAAUAUGUAUUUCUAAAAAAGACCUUGAAUAAUGUAAGAGAUCGGGUUCAUCUUGUUAUUUAAUUAUUUUUCAUCAGUUUUCAUUUGUUUCAUGGUUCACAACUUAUCAGUUUCACGUUUCUUCCUUGUCCUUCUUUUUUUUUUUUCAACUUCUGGCAAUGUGUAAGAAUAUAUAUGUAUAUGUAUAUAUUACACUAAUAGCGCUUCAUUUCGAACUUCACUCUCAAGUCCGUGGAUGGUUAUUUCUUUUUUUUCUAUUGUUAUUUUUUCUCUUUUCACAAGACAUCUAUAGACGAUUUUACUUUUAUUAAUAUCUUUCAAAAUAACGUUAAUAAUGAGAACUACUAUUUUCUAUUCACCAGUGAUGUUACAGUAUGAAUAUGCAUUUACUUUUCGUGGUUAUCCUUGUGUUCAAAUCACUGUUCAAUAAAGAUUUGUGCUCAGUUUGGAACAAUAGCACAAUUUUGUGUUUUGGAAAGCUUAUAGAAGAGUAGAAUGGCCUAAAUAAUAUGAUAUUGCCGACUUGAAAUCACUGCCAAAUUGCAGUCCACAUUAGAAAUAAAGAAGAAUUGCUAAGAGUAGUCUAUGAUUCUAUCAGACAUGAACU